AUGAUCAACGUUCCCCAGGCAACCGAGCUCAAGGACCUUUUCAGCCUCAAGGGCAAGGUCGUCAUCGUCACCGGUGCCUCCGGCCCUACCGGUAUUGGCACAGAGGCUGCCCGAGGAUGCGCUGAGUUCGGCGCCGACCUCGCCAUCACCUACAACUCUCGCGCUGAGGGCGCCGAGAAGAACGCAAAGGAGAUGAGCGAGAAGUACGGCGUCAAGGUCAAGGCCUACAAGUGCCAGGUCAACGACUACUCCGCCUGCGAGAAGCUCGUCAACGACGUCAUCAAGGACUUCGGCAAGGUCGAUGUCUUCAUCGCCAACGCCGGAAAGACUGCCGACAACGGUAUCCUCGACGCUACCGUUGAGCAGUGGAAGGAGGUCAUCGAGACCGACUUGACUGGUACCUUCAACUGCGCCCGUGCCGUCGGUCUCCACUUCCGUGAGCGCAAGACCGGCUCCCUCGUCAUCACCUCCUCCAUGUCCGGCCACAUUGCCAACUUCCCCCAGGAGCAGGCCUCCUACAACGUCGCCAAGGCUGGCUGCAUUCACCUCGCCAAGUCUCUUGCCAACGAGUGGAGGGACUUUGCCCGUGUCAACUCCAUCUCCCCCGGAUACAUUGACACUGGUCUCUCCGACUUCGUUCCCCAGGACAUCCAGAAGCUGUGGCACUCCAUGAUCCCCAUGGGCCGUGACGCCAAGGCCACCGAGCUCAAGGGUGCCUACGUCUACUUCGCCUCUGACGCCUCAUCCUACUGCACUGGUUCCGAUCUCCUCAUCGACGGUGGUUACUGCGUCAGGUAAACGUAUCGUCUCGACGACUUGAUACGAGUGGAGGAAUAUAAUAAUGAACGACAUUAUGCCGGAAGACUUGAGUCCGUGUAAAUAGCAUCGAGACAGUAAUAAAGCUUCGCAGGUUUCACUUCAAAGCCAUUCUCACAUGUUGUCGUGACUUCGUCCCCUUUUUCAUACCUUGUCGCCCGAAGGUUCUGUUUCUGGUCACCAAGAAGAUCUCUGAACCUUGCAUGGUGCAUUCCACCCGUAUGGACUCGCGAGAAGACUUCAGGCUCGAGCGCGAAGCCCAGCAGACAUUGGUAGGGCGGACGCGUUGGGGACGCGCGAAUCGGCUACGCACCCCCGCAGUUUAGCACGCG